AUUCAAAGUAAGCUAACUGCUGCUCGUGAAAACCCGAAGUUGGAGCUUUACAUACAGAGACUGAACUGAAAUAAACUACAUUUCUGGAGAGUUUUAAACGACGUUUGUGUCUUAUUUGGUCUACUUUUAAAGGAGAUCAAUUAAAAGGUUAAGUUUAAAGGGCUUUUUCAAAUCUGGAGAGUAAAAGACGCCCUUUUAACAUGGCAUCAUCUCAGAUACCAGCGGCCAAAAAAGAUGAGAAAGGCAGAAAUAUUCAAGUGGUUGUACGAUGCAGACCAUUCAACACAGUGGAGCGUAAAUCUGCCUCUCAUACAGUUGUCGAAUGUGACCAGAACCGAAAAGAGGUUACGGUCCGGACCGCAGGCAUCACUGACAAAUCAGCCAGGAAAUCAUACACCUUUGACAUGGUGUUCGGUCCUUCUGCCAAACAAAUUGAUGUGUACAGGAGUGUGGUGUGCCCCAUACUAGAUGAGGUCAUCAUGGGUUAUAACUGUACUGUCUUUGCCUAUGGGCAAACAGGAACAGGGAAAACCUUCACAAUGGAGGGCGAGAGGUCACCCAAUGCAGAAUUUACAUGGGAAGAGGACCCUUUGGCUGGAAUCAUCCCCAGAACUCUUCAUCAGAUCUUUGAGAAACUGUCCAGUAAUGGCACAGAGUUCUCUGUAAAGGUGUCUCUCCUGGAAAUCUAUAAUGAGGAACUGUUUGACCUGCUCAGCCCUGCUCCUGAUGUCACAGAGAGACUACAACUAUUUGAUGAUCCCAGAAACAAAAGAGGUGUGGUCAUUAAAGGUCUGGAGGAGAUCACAGUGCAUAACAAGAAUGAGGUAUAUCAGAUCCUGGAGAGAGGAGCAGCCAAGAGAAAGACGGCCUCCACGCUCAUGAACGCCUAUUCCAGUCGAUCCCACUCAGUUUUCUCUGUGACUAUUCACAUGAAGGAGAUCACACUAGAUGGAGAGGAGCUGGUCAAAAUUGGAAAAUUGAACUUGGUGGAUCUUGCAGGUAGUGAGAACAUCGGGCGAUCUGGUGCUGUGGAUAAGCGGGCACGUGAAGCUGGCAACAUAAACCAGUCUCUGCUGACUCUGGGCCGGGUCAUCAAGGCUCUGGUGGAGAGAGGGCCUCAUGUGCCCUACAGAGAGUCCAAGCUCACCCGCAUACUGCAGGACUCCCUGGGAGGACGCACCAAAACCUCCAUCAUUGCCACCGUUUCUCCUGCCUCCAUUAAUCUUGAGGAAACGCUGAGCACACUGGACUAUGCCAACCGGGCCAAGAAUAUCAUGAACAAGCCAGAGGUCAACCAGAAACUGACCAAGAGAACACUUAUCAAGGAAUACACAGAGGAGAUUGAGCGUCUGAAACGAGAUCUGGCUGCCACCCGUGACAAACAUGGAGUGUACCUCUCAGUUGAUAACUAUGAGAGUAUUAACAGUAAACUGGUGUGUCAGGAAGAGCAGAUUACAGAAUACACCGAGCAGAUCACGGCUGCAGAGGAGGAGCUCAAGAGGAUACUGGACUUGUUCACGGACAGUAAGCAGAAACUUGAGCAGUGCACUGAGGACCUGCAGGACAAGAACCAGAGACUGGAAGAGGUUCACAAAGACCUAACAGAGACCAGGCUCCGCCUCACUCAGGAAGAGUACAUCACUGCACAGCUCCAGAGCAAUGAGGGCCAACUCUACAGCACUGUUGACCAGUUGUUAAGUACGGCUGAAGCCAGCACACAGGACGUCAGUGGUCUCCAUGCUAAGCUGCAGCGGAAAAAGGAUGUGGAGCUUCAUAAUGGGGAGGUCCAGCAAAGUUUCGCCCAGCGCAUGGAGAACUGCUACAACAGCAUUCAGAGCUCACUGCAGGAGCAGGGCCAAAAACAAGCCUCUAUAAUAGACUAUUACCGCUCAUCAGUGGGUGAGCUCCUGAAUGUGAACGGCAGGGUGUUUAAGGAGACGUUAGGUGCUGUGUGCGAGUCGUACAGCAGCAUUAAGGGUACUGUGGGAGAAGGUGUGGAACGGUGUAAACAACGAGUGCUACAGCAGGAGAAACUCUCUCAGGAGACACAGAACAACAUGCUGGAAAUACUGGAUGAACACAAAUGUCAUCUAGAGGAGGUUUUGGUUGCCCAGUCGUUGCCAGGUAUAAGGUCCAUCAUAGCCAUGAAUGACAAUCUGAAGCAAACCCUUCAAACAUAUCACACUCUGGCUGAGCAGAUGCAGGGUCUGAAAGCAGAGAUGAUGUCAUUUUUAGACUCCCAUGUUGAAUCAUUGGCCAGUAUGAGACAAUGUGCUGUGCAAGGCUCCAACGCUCUACAUGCCGAACAUGACAAGCUCAAGCAGGAGAUUAGCCAAGCAGGAAACAACCAUCAGACGCGUGUGGCCCAGCUGGUUCAGUGUUUGCAGAACCAAUUGAAUCUCUUGGCUUUAGACACUCAAACAGACUUUGAAGGACUUGCCCAGGCAACAUCUGCCCAGAAUGAGCCACUAGACAUGCUACGGAACACCAUACAGAGUAAAUGCACUGCAGCUGAGGAGCACACUGUGUCUCUCCGUGUUCAGUUGGGCUCCUCUGUGGAUGGAGUGAUAUCAGAGAUGACAGCAGUGACAGAAGAGGGAGGGAGGGCGCUGGAGGAAUGUGGCGGCUACUGCGGACACCUGCAAACUUCUUUGGACUCGCUGGCUGAGUCAGGACUCAAGUGGUGUUGUGAAGCCAGAGUCUCGACUGAGAGCAAAGCCCAGGAGCAGCUCAAGCUCAUCAGAGAGACAGAGAAGUCUAUGCAAGACCUGCUUAAGGCUGUUGAAGAAAAGGUGGAGAAAGCAGUUCAGGACUGUGAAGGCCAUCUGAGUCCAAUGCAGCAGGAAGUUGAAGGAAUCUUGAGUAGUGUGGAAGUGCAAACAGGCAAGGAUGAGACCACCUUGCAGGAGCACAGAGAGACCCUCUUCUCCAUUAGCACUCGGGCACUGGACACUGUACACAACUUUCUCAGCUCUGAGCUCCGACAAGAUUUACCUACAGGAACAACCCCUCAGCGUAAGGAGUACAUGUACCCACGUGUGCUGAAUCAGCCUAGAAGUCGAGAGGAGCUGGAAGAGGAGUUUAGAGCUCAGCAGGUGGAGCUUCAGAGCACACUGAGCCAGUGUGAGACUGUCAUUGAGGUAGAUGAGGACAAACCUCUCUAUCAGGACUCUCUGGAGGAUGAAGUCAGUGGUUCAAGUGAUGGAAACAUCACAGAACAGUCUUGCUCUGAUGAGAACUUGAUGUGUUAUGAGAGCGGAAGGGUUCCCUUUUUCAAGAAGAAAAGCAAGAAAGAAAAUGGCAAUAAGUCAGUGAACCGUUCAAAGGUGGAAAAUGAGAACAUGUGUUCGCCACCCCGUUCAAAACUACCACUCAGGUGUCAAAAUUAACACAAAGGAUGCUCCAGUUUUUAUUCCCUCCUGUCUUAAAUUGUAUUCUUUUUAGCAUAUGUAUGUCUUUCAACUUAUGUUUGUCUGUUUCCACACUGUCACAGUUGGUAAUAAUAAAUUACUAAAGCUAUAAGUUCAGGGUGGUUGUUAUUGUCCUAUUAGUUUCACUAGAGUUUCGAACAUUUGUGAUGUGUUUUUGUCGAACAUUUUAAUGUAUUGAUCUGUUUAAAAACUAAUUAUCCACUCCAUCUUAAAACCAAUAAAAAAUAUUUUUAAAGUGUG